UGUGAGCAGGAGAGGGGCAGAGAGAGAGGUAGUCACAGAAUCCGAAGCAGGCUCCAGGCUCUGAGCCUUCAGCACAGAGCCUGACACGGGGCUCGAACUCACGAACCACAGGCGAGAUCAUGACCUGAGCCGAAGUCGGAUGCUUAACCAACUGAGCCACCCAGGCGACCCUGGGGAAUUUGCUUCUAAAAUGGCUCACUCAGCAUGGCUGUGGAUAAAUGCCUUAUUUCCUUGCCAAGUGGGCCUUUUGUAAGGAGCAUCUUCAAGUCCUUAUGACUUGGCAGCUAGCUUCCUCCAGCACAGGUGAUCCAUGAUAGAGAGUAAGGGGUGAGUCACAAUGCCUUUUAUGACCUAGUAGUCAUAAUAUGACCUAAUAUGACCUAAUAGUCAUACAUUGCCAUUUCUUCCAGGCGUCUUGGUAGAAGCAAGUUACUAAGUAUGGCCACAGUAAAGGAAAGGGAGGGAAGUCAGGCUGUAACUUUUGAAGGGAGGAGUAUCAAAAUGUGAAUAUCCCUGACUGACCAAGUAGAGUAAUGGACAGGUGGGUUUCCAGCUUUGGAGCAGGAAGAAGGCUGCGAUGAACAUUCAUGCAUAAGUAAAAUGAAUGAAAAUAAACCCGGUGCUUCACAGAAUCUUGCUUGUGUUUUUUGUCGAAAAAAUGAUGACUGUCCUAAUAAAUAUGGAGAAAAGAAAACUAAUGAGAAAUGGAAUCUCACUGUACAUUACUAUUGUUUGUUGAUGUCAAGUGGAAUUUGGCAGAGAGGUAAAGAAGAAGAAGGAGUUUACGGUUUUCUAAUAGAAGACAUCAGGAAAGAAGUGAACAGAGCUUCUAAACUGAAAUGCUGUAUUUGCAAGAAAACUGGUGCUUCAAUUGGAUGUGUUGCACCCCGAUGUAAACGAAGUUAUCAUUUUCCAUGUGGACUUCAGAGAGAAUGCAUUUUCCAAUUUACUGGCAAUUUUGCGUCAUUUUGUUGGAACCAUCGACCUGUUCAAAUAAUUACAUCUAAUAAUUAUAGAGACUCCUUACCAUGUACCAUUUGCUUGGAAUUUAUUGAGCCUAUUCCAACUUACAGCAUAUUACGAAGUCCUUGUUGUAAGAAUGCUUGGUUUCAUAGAGACUGUUUACAGGAAAAAAGUAACUUCGAGAUUGAGUUAAAAACAGAACCAAGAAUGAUUUAUAGUAAUACUUAUUUAAACACCCUUCCAGAUGAAGUUCAAGCAAUAAAUGCAGGAGUGUUUUUCUUUAGAUGCACAAUAUGCAAUAAUAGUGAUAUAUUUCAGAAAGAGAUGUUGAGAAUGGGAAUUCAUAUUCCUGAAAAAGAUGCAUCUUGGGAAUUAGAGGAAAAUGCUUAUCAAGAACUUUUGCAGCACUAUGAGCAUUGUGAUGUCCGGAGAUGUCGUUGCAAAGAAGGGCGAGACUAUAAUGCACCUGAUAGCAAAUGGGAAAUAAAGCGCUGUCAGUGUUGUGGUUCUAGCGGAACACAUUUAGCUUGUUCCUCAUUACGAUCAUGGGAGCAAAAUUGGGAGUGUUUGGAAUGUAGAGGUAUUCUCUACAAUUCAGAGGAUUUCCAAAAAGCCAAAAAGCAUACAUUACCCAACACUAAUAAUGUGGGAAUAACUGAUUGUUUGUUGGAAGAAUCAUCACCUAAAUUACCCAGACAGUCACCUGGAGCCCAGCAUAAAGAUCUUCUGAGGCAAGGCAGCAAAUUUAGAAGAGAUAUAUCAACAAUAAUAAUGGAAUUAGGAUUUCAAAUUAAAAAAAAAGCUAAAAGAUUAUGGAUUAAUAAAGCCAAUAUCUGGAAUAGUGCCUUAGAUGGAUUCAGAAAUCAAAACUUUAAUCCUUCAUACACAAUUGAAGUAGCAUAUGUUAAUGAAAAUGAUAAUUUUGGAAGAGAACAUCCUGGAUCAAAGCAAGAAUUCCUAAGUCUCUUAAUGCAGCAUCUUGAGAAUUCACCAAUAUUUGAAGGGUCCUUGUCUAAGAACUUGUCUCUAAAUUCUCAAGCUCUGAAAGAGAAUCUUUACUAUGAAGCUGGCAAAAUCCUUGCCAUUUCCUUGGUUCAUGGUGGUCCUUCACCUGGUUUCUUUUCUAAAACCUUGUUUAACUGCCUUGUUUAUGGACCAGAAAAUACCCAACCAAUUUUAGACGAUGUUUCAGACUUUGACGUGGCACAAAUGAUAAUCAGGGUAAAUACUGCAACAACUGUGGCUGACUUAAACUCAAUAGUAAAUGAAUGCUAUAACUAUCUUGAGCUUAUUGGAUGUCUAAGACUUAUAACAUCAAUAAGUGACAAAUACAUGUUGGCAAAAGAUAUACUAGUUUACCAUGUAAUUAAGAGAGUCCAAGCACCCUUUGAAAGUUUUAAGCAGGGUCUGAAAACUCUUGGUGUUUUGGAGAAAAUUCAGACUUACCCAGAAGCAUUUUAUAGCAUCUUCUGUCAUAAACCUGAGAAUCUUUCUGCAGAAAUCCUUAGUGAUCUUUUUACAGUCCGCACAUUAUCCAAUGUACAGUCUUUGGGGUUUUGGAACAGUUAUUUACAGGCUGUUGAGGAUGGUAAAUCUGCAGUAACAAUGGAAGACAUUCUAACUUUUGCAACUGGUUGCAAUUCCAUUCCACCUGCUGGAUUUAAACCCACUCCUUCAAUUGAGUGUCUUCAUAUGGAUUUUCCUGUUGGAAACAAGUGUAAUAACUGUUUAGCUCUUCCAAUCACCAAUACAUAUCAAGAAUUUCAAGAAAAUAUGGAUUUUGCCAUAAAAAACACUCUAAGACUAGAAAAGGAAGAAAGUACUCACUACAUUGGACAUUAAAUGUUUUGAACAAAGACAUGCUUCUUUAAAAGCUGCUAUUGAUACUUUUUUGUUUCAGAAAUCUGUCCAUCAUCAUUUUUGAACAAACUUGUCAGCUUCUUGGCCCAAUAAAAUUUAUGAUAUGAACAUAAA